GCAAUGUCCACACGUGUUUUGGAAAUGUAUACACACACUUACAUAGAGCGAAAUACAUAGGAGGGAUUACCAAAAUGGUUAAAUCGUCGCACCACCAGUCUGAGAAUGACUUCAGAUUUCAGACAUUUGCAGAACGAAUUGCUGCAGUUAACAUUGAUGUCAUUCACAAAAUCAAACACCAUGAUGAUGAUGUUGAGGAACAGUCCACCUACUUUGGGGAAGCACUACUCAGUUGGAGUGACAUGAACUGCACUGAACACUUCAACAAUUUUCAACAAGAGAUAUCUGAAAAAGUUCACACUUUCCCACAGCUAGUACACAAUGAGGAAUCCAUUGUUGAAGCUCUGAAGAAACAUUUGCUGAUUCCAAACACAAUGGCAUAUGAGCCGCUACUAGACUUGGUGGUGCAGCUGGCACGAGAUCUCCAGGCUGACUUCUACAAGCACUUCCAUGACAUGUUCCACAUCCUGGUGCGGCUGCUGAACUCCAUCACCAAGGAUGUGGAUGUUCUGGAGAAACUAUUCACCUGUCUCGCCUACCUCUUCAAGUUCCUCUGGAGGUACCUGGCCAAGGACAUCAAGGAGGUUUAUGGGAUGUUCUCGGCACUGCUUGCCUCCCACUACAAGGAAUACAUCAGGAAGUUCGCUGCCGAGAGUUUUGCGUUUCUUAUGCGGAAGGUAAAAGAUCACAGUGGGUUCUUUGAUUUCCUAUUUUCUACACUUGAGGAAGAUCCUGAUAAAGCUGAAGGCGUCGGCCAGCUGCUAUUUGAAAUGAUCAAAGGAGUGAAGAAACAGUUCCACAGCACAACAGAAAAGAUUUUCCCAGUCAUUCUGUCCAAGUUGGGACCAAUGGAAAAAUCUGAUUCUGCCACCAAGUUACCAUGGAAGCUGGUGGAGAAGUCCCUCGUCCAGAUGAUGAAGUCCUGUGCUGAACACACUAACAGAGAUCACAUCGCCCCCUUGUGGAGCAUCCUGUUGGACUGUCUUGCUAACCUUCAGAAAGAGUGUGUCAAGGUGAAAGGUCAGAAGCAGAAGGUGAAGGCUGAGCAGCUUUGUCGAUUGCUGCGUGUGACAUCUGUCUGGCUCGACCACCACCAGGGGGCGCUUGCCUGUGAUAUAUCAAGAGUAGCAGAGGUUUUGACUGUGAUAUUGAAGACCUCGGUCCAGCCUGAGUGUGUGGGACAGCCCUUGCUUAAUGCUGUGUCAAGUAUUCUGGUCAAUCUGAGUGACCGCUUGACAAUGGGGGACACAGCCAAGAUGCUUGCACAGGUUUAUGUGAGGAAGUUUCCCCUGAAGGACCUGACUGUGUUUACCAAGUCGCUGUAUGACCUCUUCAUGUUUGACAAGGAUGUGUUGCCCAACCUGCUCAACUACAUCCAGACACACAUCGGGUCGGAAGGGUCAGAGGUGAAGGACAUCCUUCUUGCCCUGGUCACAGAUCUGGUGCUGCACAAGGUCAAGGCUCCAGCAGAUGGAAGUCAGCUGUCAGGGUUCAAACCUAUCACAUUGGAGUUUGGCACUGUAGGGAAAAGUCGGAAGAAGCUGUGUUUCCAGGAGUACCUGUUGUCGAUGAUGGACACAAGCCUUGACAAGAUGGCCGACACAGGCUCCCUGGCCAAACUGUGGGCGGCACUUGUCUGUUUGCCACACUGCAGUCCAAUGGACCGAGAUACUGCUGUGGAGAAGAUGAAGACGGUGUGGUCGCUGCUGCUGCAGAGAGAGGCUGCUGAAGAUGACUCUGCCUGUAGAAAUAGCCUACUUUUUGUCAUGGAGCAGGUCAUUAUGACAAUGAUACUCAUGAAUGAAGACUCACAGAUUUAUUCUUGGCUCGCAUGGGAAGAACUGAAGACUCUACUCAGGAAACACCCAACCCAUGGGAAUGUUCUCAAAAUGGUCAAUUUGUAUUUGAGUCAGUGUGCCCUUGACCUUCGGGACGACAUUGUGUCACAGGAAUGUUUGUUGGAGUUACUUCCCUUGUUACAAGUCAACCUGGCAUCAUGGUCAAGUCAAGUUCGUCUCCUCUCGGUUCAUACCCUGUCACUGUUCCCUGUAGAUUUACCACCAGUGGAAGAACAGGACACGGAACAGUUGGGAGUGUUUGACAUCUGUCAGGCUGCGGAGAGAGUUGACAUCAAUGUCUACAACUACAGGGAGAGACUUCGACAUCUGCGGAAGCUAGAUUACAAACUUGUACAGCCGAAUAUACCCAUCGGGCCUUUUGAAAAGGUGCCCCUGUACUACCUGCUGGGCAGUCUGUAUGUCAACUUCAAGCUGAUGUGGGAGCCAGUUCGAGAGCUGGUCAAGGGUUACGCUGUGGGUAUGGAGCAGGACGUCUUCUGGUCAGUCAUGGGGGACCAGCUCCAGCUUGCAGCAGAACGAGCAGCGAACGACAGCUCAUCAGUAUCUAGUCAGUCUGUCACACGGGAUGUCAGUUUGAUGGUGGAUGUGACAGCUGUGAGUGAAAUAUACACCAGUUGCCAUAGACACCAGAGUAACCGCACUGGCGUGGCGGAUCAUAUCAACCUGAGACUACAGCUAUGGCGGGCGAUGGAGUUGUUCCCAGACAAGUGUGAGGCAAGGGGGAAGCUCAUCGUACCCAUCUUCUUGAAGUUUCUCAGUGAGGAGUACCAUAGACGAGACAUGAACUCCGCCCCGACAGAGGACAUUUCCAUCAAACAUGGUCAGGCCGACCAGUCUGAGUUUGAAGACGAGGAUGAGGAGGAUGAGACAAAAGAAGAACCAUCUGACCAAAGGAGCAAAUAUUCCAAGAAGAAAAAGAGACGGAAGGGAAUUAUUCCAUCACUACUGGCACACCUACAUGUCUUCUCCAAGUUAAGAAAUCCCAAGUCUCUGCCCAAAGAGCAGGAGCUGAGGAACAUCUACCAGGAGCUGCUCCACCACAAGGAUCUGUCUGUACAAAAAGCUGCCUUCAGUUGUGUCGUCACAUACAACCACAAGUACCUCAACCCAUACAAAGAGAAUUUUUCCCGACUGCUUGAUGACAAGACAUUUAAGGAGGAAAUAAUAGCAUUCAGUAUCGACCCUGGCAACACGCAGAUCAAAGCGGAUCACAGACAGAACCUCCUGCCAGUACUCAUGGGGGUUCUGUAUGGGCGAAUGCAGAGUCGUAUUGGCAAGGAGACGGCAGGGAAAGCCAAGAGUAAUGUCCGACGUGCUGUUGUGUUCCGCUUCCUGGCUGGGUGCAGCACAGCAGAACUCAAGGUUUUCCUUGAUCUCGUGUUCCAGCCCUUGCUCAACUUUGUACAAGAUGACCCUGUUGCCAUGGUAAUGAAGGUAUCUGAGACUAUAGAUAUAGAGAACGUAUUUCCCCUGAGGAGAAUGAGAGGGUGCGCCUGGGACCGGGGUCCACGACGCCGCCUGGCUGGGCUGACGUGGAGCCGCCUGUCUGUUCUUCCCUUCCUGUGGUUCCUAGCGCCAGGCAGUCCACCGGUCGGGCGCAGGCGCUUGCCCCUAGGCAACCCUCGCAGACGAGGCACCGCGAUUCUGCCUUCGUUGGUCUCGGACGGGUCGAUCCCCUCUGUCUGGUGCCCGAGUGCACGGCUUGACUUACCGGAUCUCGCGGCGGGCGCUUACCAGCUUGGGGAGGAUUCCCUGUUCGUUGUGCCAAUUGUAGACCUAAUGUGUGUUCACUUCGCCGCCCUGGGGAGGCUCGGCUUCCUCCCGAGCAGCCCGCUGCUCGGCAAGGCGCCUGACUCCACCUUUGCCUCGGCGCCUCGCGCGGCACGCUGCACCGGACUCCACGAGGAGGUCCACCGGAACGCGAUGCAGCAGUUCCAUGAGGAGUUUGAGAAGUAUGCCUUCAGUGCACGGGAGGUGGAGGCAGUGUUUGACACAGUUGUCUCCCCACAGCUGGACAGACUGGCCAUUGAGGGCGUCUACUCUGCCACACCUUUGCUCAAGCUUUUCAGUGUGUGGACCAGACACAUCAGAUAUUUCUAUCUCCUGACAAUGCCAACCAAAGAAGCACCAGAGUUAACUCCCCUGUCAGCUGUGUUUUCACUUCUUAAUGCUAAGGGUUGCAAUUCCAAAGUGUCCAGCCUCAUUCUGGAGAUGGUGGACAAUCUUCUCUCUUUGGAGGAGAGUGAAGAAGGGGAGAUAAUGCUGAAAAACCUUUCUGAGGUUGACAGGGAAAACUAUCUGGCAUGCAAACAAGAUGACAGCGAGUGUGGGGUUGGUCUGCUCCGUCCCUACAUCCCAGAUGUGCUUGUGUUCCUCAAGAAGUCCAUACAGUCCAUAGGUUCCUCUCUCUCCAACAGGAAGCAAGGCUUUGUUACAGAACUCAAGAUGCUAGCCAAAGUCAGCUGUCAUGUGACGUCUGAUGACCAGUGUACGCUGCUGUGCUCGAUGCUCCUCCCCUUCCUGGAUCAGAAGGUCAAACGGACUAUGGAUGUGGAAGAGAAUGUACUGAACAGUAUUGUCAAUCUGACCAAGGUACUUCAGUCUCCCCGGGAAUUCUACAGACCAGUGUCCAAGCUGUUCUCCGUCCUGUGUAACCGACAGUCCAGGAACCAGCUGUGUACUAUACUCAAGACAAUCGGGGAGAAGUGCCCCGAGUACAGAGACAUAUCGCUGGUUGUUGAGAAGCUGAAUGCCUGGAACCCUCGUCGGGCAGAUGAACCGAACUAUGACGUCCGUCUAGAGGCCUUCAACAAGUUCAAUGAUACAGUCCGUGGGAUGACCAUUAUCAAUGUGGAUGCUCUCAUUCCCAUCAUGCACAACUGUUGCCACUUCAUCCUCAAGGUAGAGGACAUGUCUUUAAGGGACAACUCAACAUUUUGUCUGGUAACCAUAGUUACACAACUGACAAAGACUGACUUCAACCAAGAUGUGUUCCGUGAAGUGGUCACUCAGGGAGUGCUGCCCAUGGUCAAGUCAGGACUCUACGACAAGUCAGAGACUGUGAGGCAUGAGUUCCUCACCCUGCUGGGGGUGUUGGUGCGAGCGUUUCCUGACCACCCCACCUUUGAGGGUCUCAUUGGGCUCAGUGAUAAAGAGAUUGAUUAUGACUUCUACGAGAACAUCAAACAUAUCCAGGUCCACAGGCGAGUGAAGGCUAUGCGGAAACUGACAACCUACCUGGAGACAACCACUCUCCGACGUGAACACCUGACCUCCUACUUCCUGCCUCUGUCCUCCUUGGUCAUCCUUGACCCUGCCUACCUCAAGAUCCAAGGUCUGAAAGAAGCAGCCAUUGACCUUAUAGCUGUCUUGUGUAAACUGUUGCCAUGGCCACAGUACCUACAGCAACUCCGCUUCUAUCUGUCUCUCCUGCCGAAGAAAGUUGAGAAUCAGAAACUACUUGUCAGGGUUGUGGUUGCAGUGUUGAACUCGUUCCACUUCGACAUCAGCAAGAGUGAGCUGUUCACCAGCACGGCCCCCAAACUAGUGGAAACAGCAGGAGUGAGCACAGACGACAAGGACGACACUGAGCAGGAUACAGAGGGAAAUGACAAACCUGGAACUGACUCUGUAGCUGAAGUAGCGCCAGUUGCCAUGGAGACAGGAGAGAGGUCACCUGUGGACCAGGAAGAGUUCACCAGUGAUGGGAGACAACUCUGUUCAGCUAAACUGGCCACAAAAAUACAUGGCUAUGUACUAAAAACUCUCAUUCCUGAACUCCAUAAGCUGCUAACUCAGAAGAUCAACAGAGAGGAGGAACACAAGUCUGUAAGGUCGAAGUUCGCUGAUGACCAUGAGAUUCUGCGGGUGCCAAUCGCCCUGGCUAUGAUCAAGUUGCUGCAGACUCUGCCCAGAGGGGCUCUCAAACACAAGCUGCCAGGCAUAUUGAUGAAGGUGUGUAGCUUCUUGAAGUCCCGAUCCCGGGAAGUUAGAGAGACGUCACGUGACACCCUUGUCCGUAUCAGUCAGUCACUCGGUCUGCGGUACUUCAACUUCAUUGUGAAGGAAAUGAGGGAAGCUCUUACAAGAGGCUAUCAGCUUCAGGUGUUGGGAUUCUCCGUCAACAGACUCCUCAUCAACAUCCAGCCUCAACUCAAACCGGGUGACCUUGACCCAGCUCUACACAACCUCUCAGAGGUUUUCAAGGAGGAGUUGUUCGGGACAGUUGCGGAGGAGAAGGAUGUGGAGGGAAUCACCAAGAAACUCAUGGAAGCCAAGGAGACAAAGAGUUACGAUUCGUAUGAGAUUGUAGCCAAAUAUGUUGGGGUGGGAUCUGUCCACAACCUUAUAUCUUCCCUGAAACAGCUACUUGAGAGCACUCACAGUCAGAAGACAUCCCAGAAGGUGGAGGAAGUGUUCCGGAGGAUGACUAGUGGUCUGAUGGAGAACACAGGACUCACCACGGGGAUGUGGAUGACUCUGCUGCAUGGACUCAUUGUGGACAACAUGGAGGAGGUGGAGGAGGAGAAACAGAGAGAGGCUGGAACAGAAAAGGAGAAAGAGUCACAGCUUGUCCGAAGACCUGAGAAUUGCCUCCUCCUACCAUCUGCUCUUCCUCGUGGAGGAGAGAAGUCAAAAACACAUCGCAAGACCAACAUGCAUAUCAUGGUUGCAUUCGGGGCCCAGAUAUUGCACAUGUGUCUGAAGAGGUCACACCUGUUACCGUCCAACUACGAGCACCUGCAGCUCCUGGACCCCCUGGUGGAGCCCCUGUGUCGCUGUCUCUACUCCAAGCAUGUCAAGGUGAAUUCCCUUGCUCUGCGAUGCUUCUCUUUCAUCCUGAAGUUCCCUCUCCCAGCCCUGAAGAAGAACAUCAGCAAGAUAUCUCAGGGGAUGUUCCUGUUGCUGAGCAACUAUGCCUCUGCCGGAGCAGCAAGGGGAGAUAACCAGGAGCUGGUCAUCAUGUGCUUCAAGGCUGUGACGGUGCUGGUGAGAGACGUGGACUUCUACCAAGUGGAUACAGAACAACUACAAGUGCUCCUGACGUUCUGUGAGGAGGAUCUGCUGGAUCACACGAGACAGAGCACUGGCUUCAACCUGCUCCGGGCUAUCUUGUCACGAAAGUUGAAGGUGAAAGAGCUGCAUGACCUAAUGGAGAGAGUGCGAGAAUUGUCCAUCACUGGCUCGUCAGGCCAUGUCAAGCUGCACUGUAGACAGGUGUUCCUGCAGUACCUGUUGGACUACCCCCAGAAGAAUGCCGCCCUCGCCAAACACAUGGAGUACUACGUGACCCAACUGACCUAUGAACUGGAGGAGGGUCGAGUCUCAGCGCUAGAGAUGCUGGCCACAAUUUUCUCCAACUUCCCAGUCAAAGUGCUGAUUCAGUUCGCCGGUUUGUUCUUUGUGCCCAUGACGGCCAGCUUGAUGAACGACGAGUCCCAGAAGUGUCGCAAGCUGACUGCCCUGGCAAUCAAGGCUUUACUGGAAAAGGUUGAUGCAGCUACUCGAGAUGUGCUGUUUUCCAUUGUGUCCAGCUGGAUGAAAGACGAGAAGGUGAUUCAUCGGACUCUGGCAUCCCAAGUGUGCGGUCUGUUUGCGGAGGUGGAGAAGACCAACUUUGAGCGUCGACUGGCUGACAUCCUGCCCCUCAUACAACAACAGCUUGAUCCUGACAGAUACGUAGAGAAAGAAGGUGAUCGGGAGUUCGAGCUAGACCACUGUCUUUACAGCCUCCUCGUCAGCAUCUCCAAACUCCUCAACAACUGUCGCCUCGUCCGCAACAAGAAAUACACAGACGGCAUGAAUACAUUAUGGGAGCAUGUCCAGCACCAUCUGCUGUACCCCCAUGCCUGGUCCCGCUUCCUGACCGCUUCUCAGCUGUUUGGUCAUCAACUGUUCUCUGCAUGGCCGCUAGAUGAUGUCCAGAGCCAGCUUGAGAGUGGUCAGUCAAAGGACUACCUGCUGACUGACACCAGGCAGAAGCUGAGAGGUCUCACUCAGUCUUUCAUCACCCAGCUGCAGUCUGAACAUCUCACGGAAGAUCUCAUUAACCAGAUUGUGAAGAACAUGCUGUAUGUUGGGAAAGUCAUCAAACUCCUGCCUUCCUCCAAGGAAGACCCAGCAGGCCUGGAGGAGGAGCCUGAGGAAUCUGGGGGGCCCACCAAGGUCAAACAGGGGCUGUCGGUCAAGUGGAUCGUCAAGCGUAUGGUGCGGGAAGCUCACCAUGAGGCCAUCAAUAAUACCAAGGUUACUUUGAAGAGAGAGGGCAUCUUCAAGUGGUUGGCGGCUGUGUGUCUGGAACAGGACAGGUCAUCGCUACAGGACAUCCUGAAGAUUGUCAUGCCAGCUCUACAUAGGGAGAUGACAACACAGGCCAAUGCAGACUCCAGCCUGAAGACUCUGGCCCAGGAGGUGAUGGACCUGCUGAAGAAGCUGGUGGGGGUGGAGGUGUUCUCCCAGGUGUACGCCACAGUGCAGCAGACCAGAGCUGAGAAGCGGGCAGGGAAGAAACAGAAGAGGGCAGUUGAGGCUGUGUCACAACCCGAGGUGGCUGCCAGGAGGAAGAUAAGGAAAUACCAAGUGAGGAAAGAGUCGAAAAAGAGAAAGAUUCAAAUGAUGAAGACUGGGAAAAAUCCCAAGAAGUUGAAACUGAGGAAAAUGGCAAUUCUUGAGGACUGAACAAGAUUGUACUUGCUGUUAUGUGUGAUGGUCAACCCCAGGUGUAUAAUAUGUACAUAAAAACCAAUGACAUUGUACAUACAAUAAAUCGUACCAUAUUU